UCGAUCUCAUUCUAACUAGAAGCUUAAAAGAGAAUUGAUAUGGUGAUAUUUCCAGAGCAAGAACACCCCAAGAAGGCCUUUGGAUGGGCUGCCAGAGAUUCAUCCGGUGUUCUCUCUCCUUUCAACUUCUCAAGAAGGGAAACGGGAGAGAAAGAUGUGAGAUUCAAAAUAUUGUAUUGCGGGAUAUGUCAUUCGGAUCUUCACAUGGUUAAGAAUGAAUGGGGACCGGCCGGUACAGGGCCACCUUCUACCUAUCCAAUGGUUCCCGGGCAUGAGAUUGUUGGUCAAGUAACAGAGGUAGGGAGCAAAGUACAAAAAUACAAAGUUGGAGACAAUGUCGGUGUUGGAUGCAUGGUGAGCUCUUGCCAAUCAUGUGAAAGUUGUGCUAACAACCUUGAGAACUACUGCCCCAAAUGGAUAGGCAUCUUUGGUGCCAAGUACCAUGACGGAACCACAACAUACGGAGGGUUCUCUAACAUCAUGGUCGUUGAUGAGCACUUCGUUGUUCGUAUACCGGACAACCUACCUCUUAAUGGUGCUGCUCCUCUCCUGUGUGCUGGGAUUACAACUUACAGUCCCUUGAAGUAUUAUGGACUUGACAAACCCGGUAUGCAUGUGGGGGUGGUUGGCCUUGGUGGUCUAGGCCAUUUGGCAGUCAAGUUUGCCAAGGCUAUGGGGCUUAAGGUUACAGUGAUCAGUUCCUCGCGUAAUAAGAAGGAGGAAGCUGUUAAACACCUAGGUGCUGAUUCAUUUUUGGUCACGAGUGACGAAGAUCAAAUACAGGCUGCCAUUGGCACAAUGGAUGGCAUCAUUGACACCGUCUCGGCAAACCACCCUCUCUUGCCUUUGGUGGGUUUAUUGAAGUCCCAUGGAAAACUUGUUGUGGUUGGUGCACCAGACCAGCCUCCUGAGCUUCCAGUUUUUCCUUUGCUCAUGGGAAGGAAGAUGGUAGCUGGUAGUGCCAUUGGAGGUAUAAAGGAGACACAAGAGAUGAUUGAUUUUGCUGCUAAACAUAACAUAACAGCUGACAUCGAGGUUAUCGCGAUCAACUACCUGAACACGGCCAUGGAGCGCCUUGCCAAAGCAGACGUCAAGUAUCGAUUUGUAAUUGACAUUGGAAACACAUUGAUUUCUGCCCCUUAAGUUAUGCAUAAUAUAUCGUCAUCAGCAGUUCAGUACUAUCAG